AUGAGUCACAGCCCUGAAGAGACCAUGAAGAAAACCAGCAUGGUAAACCUUGAUAAACUUUUAGGUAACUUCUCGGACAUAGAAAAGAAGAUAUCAGAAGUUAAUGAAGCAAAUAACCUACUGGUUCUUCAGCUGGAAAAAUGUAACAGGUUGUUAACAUUAAGCCAAUCAAAGGAGGAAUCAGUAAGAGAAGAAUGUACAGCUCUACAGAAUGUGAUAAAGGGUCUAACACAAACUAUUGAAAACCAGUGUAAUGUGAAAGAUGAAAAUGAGAGACUGAAGGGUACCAUUCACAUCUUGGAAGAAAAACUAAAGGCUUGUGUACAGGAACGUAAAGAUCAGAUUGAGAAACUUAUGAUAGAAAUUAAAAACAAAGAGGAAGACCACAAAUUAGAAAUAACACAGUUGAACUGUGAUAUGAGAAAAAAAUUUGAAGCAAAAGAAGUGGAAUAUAGAGAACAGCAAGAGAGAAAAGAACUGGAAAUAUUAGAGCUAACUAGGCAGAUGAAAAUUCAAAAUGAAGAGAAGCAGAAUGAAAUAAUUAAGCUGCAAAUAGAGUUCAAUGCUAAAUUAACACGAGUUCAGAAUAAAACAACAAAAUCAUUUUCAGAUACUUCUGUCUUGCCACAAAGUAUCUAUCGAAGGAAGCUGCAGCAUCUCCAGGAGGAGAAAAACAAAGAAAUUGAAAUUCUUCGAAACACCAUAAGAGACUUAGAGCAAAGUCUUAAUAAAGGCCAAGACCUGCACUUCAAACGAAGGCGAUUUUGAGUGAAUGAUACUAAGUAUUUUAGUGGUGUAUACAAAGAGAAAUA